AUGGCAGGGUUGGUUGAAGGGGCUCUUCUUGGUGCAGUGGUUCAAGAAGGGGCAAAACCCAUCACAAACCAGAUAUCCAAAGCUUUCCAUUUCAAAACCACCCGCAAAAACCUAGACUCUCUUGUGGAUCGUCUCAUGCCAUUUGCCGAAGAAAUUAAACUGUUAGACGAGGAAACAGAUCCUCCAAACAAAGAACCAGAGAGGCUAAUACAAGAACUGAAACAAGGGAAAGAGUUGGUUAACAAAUACUGCAAAGUCCCCUGGUGGAAAUUUUGUUUUCUACCUUUUUACCAAGAAAAGCUUCAUGCUAUGGAGCAGAAAAUUGUUAGAUCCAUUACCCUUGUUACCGCAAUUAGUACGGCAAGGGAUGUUAGAAAAGCAAACUCUUUAGUCACUGGUAUGAAGGGGAGACAAUUCAACAGGUUGUGUGAUCCUCCUGUAAAACCUGAUCACACUGUUGGGUUGGAUUUUCUUUUGAAUCAUUUGAAGAAUUGGGUGCUCGGUACAGACGAGUCUGUGCGCGUGUUAACUGGCUUGCCUAGAUCCGGGAAAACCACUUUAGCUACGCUGCUAUGUUGGGAUGGUCAAGUUAGAGGUAAAUUUGGAAAAAAUAUAUUGUUCUUGUCAAAAACUUCGAAUGCGGAGAACAUUGUGCAGAAUUUGUUUCAACAUUGUGGACAUGAUGAGCCUUGCCUCGUAGACGACGGGGAUGCAGUUAAACAAUUGAGUAGUUUGCUGAAGAAAAUUGGGGGAAAUUGUCCAGUGAUGUUGGUUCUUGAUAAUGUUUGCCCAGGUUUAGAAUCCUUUGUUGAGACAUUACAGGUUCAGGUUCCAUUUUGUAAAAUUUUGAUAAUUUCUAGAGUUGUGUUUCCACGGUUUGAAACGCUGUGCUUAAGGCCACUUGGCAUUGAUGAUGCGGUAACCCUUUUCCGCCGCUUUGCACUACCAGAUGAUGGAAAAAGAGGAACUUAUGUUCCUGAUGAUGAAUAUGUACGACAGGUAGCAAACAGUUGCUGGGGUUCUCCAGGGACCCUUAAAUUGAUAGGUGGGUCACUCCGUGGGCAACCUGUUGCGGUGUGGAAAAAAAUGGUGAAGUUGUUGUCCAAAGGUCAUUCUAUUGCUUGUUCUAAUCCUAAUUUGCUUAAUCUCCUGCAAAAAAAUUUGGAGGAUGCUUUGGAAAAUAAUCCCAUCAUCAAGGAGUGCUUUAUGGACCUUGGAUUAUUUUUUGAAGAGAAAAAGAUACCUGUUGCCGCCCUCAUUGACAUGUGGACAGAACUGAACGACCUAGACGACGACAACAUAGAUGGAAUGAACUUUGUUCAUGAGUUAGAUAACAUGAAUUUGGCUAAUAUUGUAGUUGCAAGGAAAGUGACAAGUCACGUCGACAAUUACUACAACCACCAUUUCCUUACUCAAUAUGACCUUCUUAAGGAGAUAGCUCUUAUUCAAGCCAGAAAGAAACCAUAUGAACAAAGGGAGAGAUUGAUUUUUGACAUUAAUGAAAAUAGUUGGGAUCGACAAAACCAGCAAAAUACCAAUGCUCGCGCGUUGUCCAUAUCAAUUGACAAAAUGUUCACCCCAGAUUGGAGCAAUAUUGUGAAAGUUGAACAAGUUGAGGUUCUGAUCUUGAAUCUUCAUACUGAUAAGUAUACCUUACCAGAUUGCAUAAGGAAAAUGACUAAACUGAAAGUUUUGAUAAUCACCAAUUAUAACGGUUUCAGCUUUGCUGAACUAGACAAUUUUGAGAUACUUAGUUGUCUACCCAAUCUUAGAAUAAUCAGAUUGCAACAGGUUUCAGUUCCUCCCCUUUGCACAUUGAAUAGUCUGCGAAAGUUGUCCCUUUACAAUUGCAAAACACAACAUGAUUUCGGAGUUUCAAUUUCAAAGAUACUCCCAAAUCUGGAAGAACUGUGUAUUGAUUAUUGCAAAGAUUUAGUAACACUUCCUGUUGGGCUUUGUUAUAUUACUUCCCUCAAGAAGCUCAGUAUCACAAGAUGCAUAAACUUCCUUGCGCCGCCGCAAGAAAUUGGAAACCUCGAGAACUUGAAAGUAUUAAGACUUAGUUCUUGCGCUGAGUUGGGGGAGAUACCAGCUUCAAUUGGAAAUCUUCAUGAGCUGCAUUUUCUUGAUAUAUCAGGUUGUGCAAGCCUUCACACUUUACCAGAAGAAUUUGGAGACUUGCAUAAUCUAAAAGAGCUUCAUAUGACUGGGUUUUCAACAGUGCCAAUGUCAGUCACAAAACUUGAGAGUUUAAAGUAUUUAAUAUGUGACCAAGAGACUGCUGAAUGUUGGGAACAUUUCAAGCCUAGCCUUCCCAAUCUUAAAAUAGAAGAGGCUGAAGUUAACUUAUUCAUUAUUGUAUGA